GCAAUUUCCAAAUAUGAACUGAAAACCGCACAGAUCAUCAUUCAAAGAAGGCGAUCCGAAAGCAGAAAACCUCAAUUCUUCAACACUAAUCUUGUUCGAUCGUCUCCGAUCCGUUUCCAAACCGCGAUCAUGGGGAACACCGAGAAGCUGCUGAACCAGAUCAUGGAUCUCAAGUUUACCUCGAAAUCCCUCCAGCGCCAGUCGAGGAAGUGCGAGAAGGAAGAGAAGGCCGAGAAAUUGAAGGUCAAGAAGGCGAUCGAGAAGGGGAACAUGGACGGCGCCCGGAUCUACGCCGAGAACGCCAUCCGCAAGCGCACCGAGCAGAUGAACUACCUCCGCCUCGCGUCGCGCCUCGAUGCCGUUGUGGCUCGCCUGGAUACUCAGGCCAAGAUGACCACCAUCAACAAGUCCAUGGGCAACAUCGUCAAGUCCCUCGAGUCUUCCUUGGCCUCUGGUAAUUUGCAGAAGAUGUCGGAGACAAUGGAUCAGUUUGAGAAGCAGUUUGUGAACAUGGAGGUGCAAGCAGAGUUCAUGGAGAAUGCCAUGGCUGGGUCUACCUCAUUAUCCACACCGGAAGGUGAGGUCAACAGCUUGAUGCAACAGGUUGCUGAUGAUUAUGGGCUGGAGGUCUCUGUGGGACUGCCGCAGCCAGCUGCACAUGCUGUGUCUACCAAGACACAGGAGAAGGUUGAUGAGGAUGAUUUGUCGAGGCGACUUGCAGAGCUCAAGGCUAGAGGUUAAAGAUGUGGUAGAAUGAUGUCUGUGUUAUAUAAUUAUAUGAUGUCUGGGAUUAUAAUGCUACUGCAUUGUCUUGCUCUGUAUGCAUUUGAUGAAUUGGGUUUUGAAUUAUUAUCUCAUAUGAUGUUGCACGUGGAUGCUCAUGCCAUUAAUAUGAAAUGUGACUCUGGUUUUUCCUUGUUCCAUAUUUUAAGACCUCGAAACGACAUAUCUGAAUGAAUGUGAAUAGCUUGGUCAGUAUGGCUAUUUAUAGUUGUGGUUUCGGGAAUUUUGACAAGCUGAGCUAAGAUGAAUGUUGUAUCUUCAGAUAUGAAUAAUGGUUUGAAUAGUGGUGCAUUUGAUAGAAUCUAGUUUGGGGCAUGGACAGGAUAUAAACCCAAUCACAGGCC